AUGAUUGGCCAGAGUACAAGAAAAGAUUAGAACGCAACAUUUCUGCUGUGGUGUUGACUGUGCUUCAGAGCAUUGUUGUAAUUGGCCCGUAAUCCUUUCGCUAAGUGCACCAUCUGCACACCCUAUGGAUCCGUUUGGGAUCGAUAGCUGAGGACAUGACUAGCAGUAUGUCGUAUCGAGCGUUAGAGGGUGGCUAUCAGGAGCUGCCCCACGGAGACGAUGAUGCGCCACCGCAGCCGGGCGCGUCACCGGGAGAAGGAUUGGAUCUACAACCAGACGUACACAUCGCCGGCACAGAGGGCACGUCCGCCCAUAUACCCGAUCUGGACAAUUUUUUCCGCAAGAUUUACGCCUACCAUCAACGGCACGGAUUCACGUGUAUGCUGGUUCAGGACGUAUUCGCUCUAGCUCAGCACGUGUUUUUGGUUGUAUUUAUCGUGUUCUUGUUUUCCUGCGUUGACUACCCAAUUUUGUUUCGAGAUAAACCUGUAGAUGGCCGCAAUACCACGGAACACGUUAAGGUGAAACUUAAAGAUGGCAUCAUACCGCCUGGACAAUGCAUAGCCAGGUUAUCGCGCUCAGUGGGCUUCUUUUUUGUGAUCUGGAUCAUCUACGUAAUUUACAAGCUUGCCGUUCUUCUAAAAAACCUGUGCUCCAAUUUGGAGAUUAGGCGAUUCUAUUCAAAAGUUCUAAGAAUACUACCGGGUGAACUAGACAAUAUGACUUGGCACGAUGUGCUGCAGCGAUUACUAGAGGCUCAACGUCAAGGCGAUUAUCCCAUUGCGGUCCACAAGCAGGAACUAAAUGAGCUUGAUGUCUAUCACCGCAUCCUGAGGCAUGACAAUUAUUUGGUGGCGCUAGUGAACAAAAAUGUUUUACCGCUGAGGUUCAACGUACCGUUCAUAGGGACUGUUACAUUCUUCAGUUCGGGCCUCAAAUACAAUAUUCAAAUGCUACUCUUCUGGGGACUGUGGUCCCCUUUCGAAAACAACUGGAACCUUAGAGAUGAUUACAGAAGACCGGAGAACACCCCCAUUCUAGCUGACGAAAUGGCCCGAAGAUUCCUGAGCGUUGGUCUGUUAAAUCUUGUCUGUAUGCCAUUCAUUUUCAUUUACCAUCUCUUUGAAACGGUGUUCAGCUAUGCUGACAUGGUGAAACGGGAGCCUGGUUUCCUUGGCGCUCGAACCUGGAGUGGAUAUUCGCGAGUUCACCUUCGACACUUCAAUGAACUUGAGCACGAGCUCGAUUCCCGCCUCUGCAUGGGCUAUAGGGCAGCGACGCAGUACAUGAAUGCAUUUACAACUCAUCUAACAGUCAUACUGGCUAAGAAUAUCGUGUUUUUUGCGGCCUCUCCAUGGGUUGUUCUUGUCGCCCUGACGAUUUGGGACGAAGACUUUCUCGCAGUGGAGCACAUUGUAACGGCCAUUGCCAUCCUGUCGAUGAUUCUCGCCAUUUGCCGCUCAGCGAUCCCUGAUGAGCAUAUGAUAUGGUGCCCAGAGCAGUUGAUGAGAACUAUUCUUUCGCAUAUACACUAUAUGCCCGAUGAGUGGCAGUGUCACGCUCAUACCACGGUUGUACGGGAUGAAUUCGGCAAUCUCUUCACGUAUAAGUUCACACAUCUAUUGAGUGAGGUUCUUAGUGCAGUGGUAACUCCGUUGUUACUUCUGGGACCUUUCCGAUCACGGAGUCGAGAAAUCGUUUGUUUUUUUAUUGAGAACUCCAUCUCGAUCGAAGGUGUCGGAGACGUUUGCACGUUCGCUCAAAUGGACAUCGAGAAGCAUGGCAAUCCACAGUGGACGAAAGCGGCCGAGCCAGCCGACGAGUCUACGACAGAAAUUACUGCCCGAAUCAGGGAACCACAUCCUUCGAAGCAAGGCGAAAUGGGCAAAACCGAGUUGUCCUUGGCACGCUUCCAUUUGAGCAAUCCUCAUUGGAAUCCUGACUCUCAUAUGGGUCAACGGUUCCUACAGGGGCUUAAGUCUCAGAUCGAUGCCACAGCACUUGGUCAGUACACGUCCUAUUUGGCGACUCAACUACAGCCCUUCGAUUCGACAUCAACGAUAACUGCGGGAGUCUUCCACGGACAGCCACAGGGCCAGCUGCUGUCUCAAAGUGUUCAUAGCUAUAUGUCCAUGAAUCCAAUGAUGUCACAUGUUCGUUCUAACAAGAUCGGAGACGUUCCUCUGGUUGGACCAGGCAUCACCUCAGCACAAGGCCCACUCACGUCAAUAACGUCAUUAGAACAAAGAUCUAGGAGCAUUGAAAAUUCAGCCAUGACCUCACUGCUUCAAGGCAGCCUUGGCGGUUCUGUACCAGGCGGGCGGCAGCACGCAUUGCUGAGUCCUAUCCCGUCAGCUGAGCAAAGUUCUUUGUGUAUGAGUGCUAGCGCGCUAUUUCUUUACGAAAAACACCAGCCAUCAUCGGCGUCUCAUGGGGCCAUAGGCGGGUAUGGCAGUCACGGUACGCCCCGACGGACGCCUUCACGACCGUUGGUAUCGGGUCUCGCAAACAUUCAGGAGAGCCGGUUAGAAACAACGCCUCUCCUCCUGCCACAGACCCAAUCACAGCGGAGUGGAGCUAGCACUAGUAGCUACGCGUCCGGCUACAGAUAGUUUCAUAGUUGUAUAGCCAGUUCAUUACCUACGCUGCAAAACAACUGUUGUGAAAAUAUAGUGCGCUACUACUGCUGUAACAGUAAAGCUGGUUAACUCAGAGCUAACCGAGGUGACCAGUAUACGAGGUAAUUGUUACACGAGAUUAAGGCCGAGAACGCAUUGGCUACCUAAAAGCACCCGCGAUCUCUAUGUGCAAUUAGCACGAUAUUGAUUAAAAAUACUAAAUAGAGGCAAAAUGUAUUUUGGAAGAGAAUGUACAAUGUAGAUGAAACGCUGUCAAAAUCGUGGAAGUGGGAGAAAACCUUCGCGAUAAGUAGCUUCAGUCGACCUGUACUUACUUUCAAAUUGGCACAGGAGGAAACUCAUGUGUUGCCCAGAUAAAAUACCCCCCAUAAAAAACAGACAGACGGAUCUGCACAAGUUAAGCAGGUCAUUUUAAUCUCAGUGUGAUAAAUUUUUUCCUGCUGUUAUUUUCCUUUCAGUUAAAGCAUAUAAAUCUGUAAAUGUCACGCCUACACAAAUAAUAUAUAAGUAGUAACGUGUAUUGCUGAAGUGAACUUAACUACUUUCCGCAGUAAAACGUUGCAGAUCGUUAACUUGUUGAUAUCGUGCUUCUCGCACAAUAAAUCUAAAAAAAAAAAAGUUUGGUUCCGGAAUUUUUCCCCUCGGCACUGUGUGGUAACAGAAGUGAGCAUUUUCUACCUAGAUUGAACUAAGACUUCUAGCAGACCCAAUUCAAUACGAAUGUGGAUGCAUGUUUACUUGCAUAUUGAGUAUAUUCAGCUUUACUUCGACCUUCAGUUAGUUUUACCGAGGGAUUUAUUAACUAUUUAAGGUAGAUAGAAAACGCUUCCUUUUGGCGUCCGAACUUGUUACUUGCUCAUUCAUUUGACAAUAGACAACGCUUCCUUUUGGCGUACGAAUUUGUCACUUGCUCAUUUAUCAAACGAAUGGCAAUAGUAGUGGCUUAUUGCAAUGCAAAAGUCGCUGAAAGUAUUCAAAUGAUCGAUUUAUUACAUACACCUACACAAGCAUAUGGAGCGAAAACAAAUUAAGCAGUCUUAUGAAUAUUGAUGAAUAUGUGUUGUAUACAUAAAUCGAGAGAAACAUUGAAAUAACGAUAUUUUCGUAUUUAGAGGUUAACUCGGCGUACUUGUAGUAUAUGUUGAAAAUACCUAUUAUAUUACGCAAGCAACGGGUUAUACGAACGGAUAAAACAAAACCACAUAUAUGAUGAACAAUGUAGCAAGCUGCCGUGACGCACUGUUGAUCAAUGAAAAUUCAAAUCCACCCUUGUAUAACAUUCUGUAUGCUUGAUUGAGAGUACGGCUUGUAGCACAUAUAUUGUUAUUAUUACAACUGCCACAACACUUUGCGAAACGACGUAGUUUCUAUUAAUAUUUCAGUGCUAGCUAAUCAAAUAGAUGCGGAAAUGCAGUAAGCCGUGUGCAUAAAGUAGGUGUGAAUAUAGUUCGUGUGGUGUGUGUAUGGACGUAACGAAUUACACGAUAUAAUUCGUUUACUUAAUCGAUGAGUGAUUUUAGCUACAAAGCACAUGGCGAUUUACUCAUAACGGCAAAAAUUUAUGUAGUCGAAAUGAAAAAAUCAAUGCUUAGAUAUAGAUAAAUUUAUAUGUAUACAUUUAUACAAAUCACAGAGAGCGCACACACCAACUCAUCGUGCUAUGUAGAAAUCAACUAUGAAAAUGUAAAUAUAUAUAUAUGAAUGCAUACGGUAAUUAGUGCAAUUGUUUAGCUUUUUCUUAUGUCUUGCGUACCUAUAUUAGACGUUGGUUAUUCCGUAAAAACUUCGUAAAGAACCAGGGUCUCCGAUGAUUCCGAUUGAUUGUUUCAUGGGAAAUCAAAGAUUACAUCAGUAGAAGGUUGAGCAAAAUAAAGGCCAAAAAACAGUGCUAAAAAAUCUCCGGAGUAUUUGGCGGCUAAUA